UUGCUUUCCUUUCUCGGAGAACAGUUCUCUCUCGCUCUUGCUUCCCUCUCUCUCUCUCUCCAGCAGCAAUGCUCUGCAGCAGGAAGAUGCUGAAUUUCUUCAUCAGAAAAGAUGUAAGAAAGCUACUCAAGCGCAAAGACAGCAAUGCUGGUGAAAGAGGAAGAGCACUAGAAGACCUGAGAGCUUCUUUAUAUAAUGAGCUGCGGACGUCCGAAGGCGCGAAGCGUCAACAACAGCGCAUGUGUGGUCCGACAGUAGCCCUGUCUUUCAAUUUCUUCGUUUCCGUUGGUAUUAUCAUGAUGAACAAAUUGGUGCUUGGCAAAGUCGGAUUUAAUUAUCCUAUAUUUCUCACAUUCAUCCACUACAUCUUGAGCUGGUUCCUAAUGGGUGUUUUGAAUGUGUUUUCACUUCUUCCCGCAUCUCCUCCUUCAAAGUCGACCCCAUUUUCUUCUCUAUUGGCUCUCGGCAUUGUCAUGUCUCUAUCUAAUGGCCUUGCCAAUAUCAGCUUGAAGUUUAAUAGCGUGGGUUUUUAUCAGAUGGCUAAGAUUGCUGUAACUCCAACUAUUGUCCUUGCGGAAUUCGUGCUUUUCAGGAAGACAGUUUCUUUCCAAAAGGUAUUAUCACUUACUGUUGUAUCUAUAGGUGUUGCUGUGGCGACUGUUACCGAUCUCCAAUUCCACUUCUUCGGUGCCUGUGUAGCAUUGGCUUGGAUAAUUCCGAGUGCAGUCAAUAAGAUCCUUUGGUCCAAUCUACAACAACAGGAUAAUUGGACAGCCUUAGCGUUGAUGUGGAAGACUACACCGAUCACCCUGUUCUUUCUGAUGAUGUUGAUGCCUUGGCUUGACCCGCCUGGCGUUCUGUCCUUCGAUUGGAACUUACCUAAUUCAUCUGCUAUCUUCAUAUCAGCAGCCCUUGGCUUCCUGCUUCAAUGGUCUGGUGCUUUGGCACUUGGGGCGACUUCUGCGACAACUCAUGUUGUUCUCGGGCAGUUCAAAACAUGCAUCAUCCUUCUCGGAGGCUUCCUUCUUUUCAAUUCCAAUCCAGGCAUUUCAAGCAUCUGUGGGGCUGCCACGGCUCUUGCUGGUAUGUCUGUCUACACUUACCUUAACUUGCUUGAUUCCCGUCUGCAGGCAACUAAGCUGUCUCCCCGACAAUCGUCCUUCCCCUUAGCAAAAUCCAAAUUUAGCAAGGAAAACAGUGAGACCCAAAAUGGUAAUUGUGGUGGAGAUUUUGUCUAAGGGAAAAUAAAAAUAAAAAAUCCAUAACCGAAGAUGUUGUUCUUGAUUUUUCACUGAUCUUCUAAGACGAAAAAGAAAAAGAAAAAGAAAGAAAGAAAGAAAGAAAAAAGAUCGGUCUGAACAAAAAUUCAAACUAGUUACUAACCCAUUCAAUCUCUUCUCUUUGCGUUUUCUAUCUUGAAAAUACUGUGGAUAGUUUUUGAGUUGCUGCCUGUAACUAGAAGCCCUUGUGAGUUUCAAAUGUAUCUUUUACGAGUGUUACGCACUUCUUCAGAACUCAAUAUAAAUUAUGAAUAUAACCAAUCUGGGAGUUUUGUUUA